GCACUGCCCGAGAGCCCGGGGUCAGUAGGGGGCCCCAUGAGAUGCCCCUGGUACCUUUUUCAUAGGCUUUUUUGAGUUUGGGCAAGGACACAGGGGCCCCAUGAUCCCCUAUUACCUGGUGGCCCCAUGAGUUGUUAGUCCGCCCCUGAUUUUGACCUGCAAUCUAUGCACAGCAGAGCUCAGACUGGGGGAGGGGGAAGCAGCACAGGAAGCAUGCCCAUGCUUCAGUGCUCAUAUUCUAGUAGGGAUGACCUCAGGCAUGUUCGGAUCCUAGUCCGGACCCACCUAAGGGAUCCCACCAGGGAGUUGCCAUCUGUA